CCCACCUAUCAUCGGAGUGAUGUUUUUUCUGCACGAUGAAAAUCUCGACACUGUAGAAAAAGAAGCACACAUAUAUCGAAAACUCAAUAUAUCGCGACAAUGCCUAUUUCCAAGAAAGCAAAGAUUCAACGCGAGCAUAAGAAAGCAGAGGCUGCUGGUACUCGCGCCCCAGUCAAGCCCAACGGCCUACCUGUGAAAGCCCCCAAGCCGACCUCUAUUUGUGCCAACUGUCGCAAAGAAAUGGUGAGGACAAAUUUGGCACAGCUUGAAGCCCAUGCCCAGACCCAUGAUCAGAAGAACUGGCCCAAGGAGAAGUGCUGGCCCAAUGACUUUAGCUAGUCAAUACGUCCACUGUGUAGAGUGGUAUGCAUAUUUGGAUUUUGUGAUUUGAUGUAACGAGGUCUGCCGUGGCCCCGUGUAGAGGGUAACAGUCGAGGGAACUAGUGAUGUCCCUGGCGAAGAUGUCGAUAGCGUCCACCGCUUCGGGCUUAUUGGCGUCUCCUACCAACCGGAGCAGUUUCGUUUUGAGGGUAGAUAUAGAGGAAAGAACCUUUUCCUUCGUCAGGUCCGUUGCAGCUUCGGCGCGCGCCCGUGCCUUCUUCGGGGAGUUCCCCUGGGAGGAUCGUUUUGUUGGCGAAAAGACCGAUUGACUCAGUGCUCCUGCCGCGGAGCCUGCGCGGCUACGUGGAGGGCCCAUGGAGCUAUAUCGCUAUGUUAUCGAUAAUAUAAAGGGUCGUUUAGCGAUUUUAGUGAACAAUGAAGCAAGCAAUAGUCGAUUUAAGGAAUCUUCAAAGUCGAUGAUGUAUAACUUAGAUAGCAUAACAUUAAUCUAAUUUUAGAUAGGCCAC